CGAGACAAUGCACGCAUGCGCCAAGGCUAAUGCUCCAGUUGCCUGCUACUCUGCACUACAGCCAAACUGGGUGAUUGCGGUCUUGUUUGUUGGUUUGAUAACUCAUAACCGAUUUUGUUUUGAUGAUCCUUCGUCUGCACAUACUCUUCUCGGAUCGCAAAUACAUUUACAUUGAAUUGGCGAAGUUAGCUAAUGAGGUAUCAGACUGAAUCGAGUUGAGCUCAUUCAAAAUGCUUUCUAUUCCAUUUAUUACCCCUAGACUAGCAAGAGAAAUGAGGAACACAAGCGACCAUAAAGGACAAAUACAUCAAUUUCAGAGCCUCUGUUUCACCACACUGGAGAAAGUCUUUCGCAGAGUAUCUACACGAUUGAAGAGCACAGAAAGAAGACCCUCAGCUCCACUGGGUUCGAGAAUGUUGACCAACCCGGAUGACAUUUUUAAGCACAAUAUGUGGGAUCAUGUGCAUUGGACAGAGGCGGACAAAGAUAAUGCACAGUUGAAAGCUGCCGAAAACUCCAAAGUGCACAUUCCAUCAGGGGAACAAGGCAAAUUUGAUACAGAAGCUCGCCACUACUGGGAAAGGUUUUAUGAGCUACACAAGGGUAAAUUCUUCAAAGAUCGCAAGUGGCUGCUCUUGGAAUUCCCAGAACUACUUCCGUCAGAUUCCAAAAGCCAAGACAGUGGCUUUGACGGGGAAAAGAAUGCCAGACGGCAGGAACUCCACAGCCGCACACACUUUGACUCUUCCUCAAACCAUCGCCGCCUGUGUCAAGAUGCGCAACUGGAAACAAAUGAAGCCGCUCUACGGGUUUCUUACCCUGGACAACACUCUUCUUUCAGGAUAUUGGAGGUUGGAUGUGGCGUUGGCAACAGUGUAUUUCCAAUUAUUAAUAAUAUCAGGGAAAACGGUGCAUUUUUAUACUGUUGUGACUUCUCCCCAUGUGCUAUUCAGCUGUUGAAGAGCCAUCCCGACUUCGACCACUCAGUGUGCCAUGCGUUUGUGCACGAUGUUUGUGAAGAAGAGGGCUCUCUUCCCUUUCCGCCACAGAGUCUGGAUGUUAUUCUUGCCGUUUUUGUGCUCUCCUCCAUUCAUCCAGACAGGAUGCAAGGGGUGGUUAAUAGGCUAGCAUCCUAUCUGAAAUUUGGAGGGAUUUUCCUUUUUCGGGAUUAUGGGAGAUAUGACUUCUCUCAACUCAGGUUUAAGAAGGGUCGGUGCUUGUCAGACAAUUUCUACGUACGAGGAGAUGGAACGUGUGCUUAUUUUUUCACAAAAGACGAAGUUCACGGUUUAUUUUCCAAUGCUGGAUUGGAGGAAGUACAGAAUCUGGAGGAUCGACGAAUUCAAGUUAACAGAGGGAAAAAGGUUUCAAUGCACCGGGUGUGGAUGCAGAGCAAAUAUAGGAAAUCGCAUCCACGUUGACCCUGUUAACACAUGGGCCAUGCACUUGUGUGUUUUUUUUUAAAUGUGUGUACAAAUACUGUGUGUCCUUUGGACUUCUUACUUCUGACAUUCAUUGUUUUUAUACUUUGUACUUUUCAUCUGAAAAUGUGUGUGUGUGUUUGUAGUACAUUUUGAUAUCACACAUGUCAAAUUCAGUUCUGCAGUGUUUAUUUUAUGAGUAAAAUGAGGAAGUGCA